AUGAAUUCCCGCGAUGAGUCUCUACCUAUGUCACCCACGAAGACAAAGCAGUUCGUGACCAUCUUUGGAGCAACAACACCUACUUCCCAGAACGACAUGGUUCGAUCUGAUGAUUUCCGAGAUGAUGGUGAUUUGAGUGGAGAUGAAGAUGAAGAUGAUGAUGAGGAAGGGGAAGAGGAGGACGAGGAAGAAACAGAAGAUGAGGAAGAAGAAGGAGCUGUUUCUUGGCAGAAGAAUAGCAAUCCCGUAGGAUCAACCUUGGGGGUUUUGGCAGCUAUCAAAGAGGAGGAUUCUAGCGACGAGAGAUCACCGAAACCCAAACGUACAGAACGAGUCAAUCUGGUCGAGAACGCCCCGGCGGAGAAGUUGACAUAUGGCUAUUUCGAUUACACAACGUCGAAGAAACAAGCAGGAGCAGUAGCAACCCCUAUCGAGGAAACAGCGGACUCUGCUGCCGACAUCACCGAACCCUUAGGAAGACCACUGACUACGCAGAGGGUAAAGACCCCCUUGCCCGAAAGGCAGGAGCAGAAACAGGAUGAACCCUUUGUGAGGUCAACUUCGCCAGUCUGUAUGGAUUGCAUCGUGAAUGGAAAGGAUCAUCAUCAUGGAAGGGCUCCUGUUCAGUCCCCACCACCAGCAAGGGCUACCUUUCCUCAGCCUUCUUUAGGAGCCUCCCUGAAGAGGACUUCAAGCGAGUCGAUAGGAUCGAGUGAUUCCGCACCCUCGAUAGAUCCCAAGCCAGAAAAUGACAUCUCAGGAACACCAAAUAAAUCGCUGGGUCAUCCGAGUUUCUCGACACCCCAGAAACAGCCAUUUGACGGCCAGGCUCCCCCGACUCCAGCUGCAACUCCGAAUACUACUCCGGCGUUGAGGAGGAAAGGAAGUCUCCCCGUUAGAGAGCUUACGCCUUCACGGGAUUUGCAUUCACAGGGGAGUUUUUCGGACAUUACACCUCCACGGGAUCAAGCGAGCUUGAAACUAGCGAUACCAACACCACCGAAGGAAUCACAGGCAACUCCUUCCCACGACCGGUCAUCACCAACGAAAAAACUGUUUAAUCCAGGUACCCCGGCCAGACAACGGGUGCCAGCCAUCCCACCGACUCCUCCAACUACACCAGCAAGGAGAAAAAGUUUGCCCCACGAGUUUUCAAAAUCGUAUCUUAGCCUUCCAACUCCAGUGGAAGAGGAGCCAUCCUCAGCCAUAGAACCCGCCCAAGCCCAAGCACAAGACCAGACCCAGACCCAAACCCCAACCCAGACCCAAACCCAAACCCAGACCCAAACCCAAACCCAACCCCAGACCCAAACCCAACCCCAAGCCCAGACCCAAACCCAACCCCAAGCCCAGACCCAAGUCCAAACAGCGAGUGAGAUUAGAAAGGGACGUGGUCAUAGCCGAAGCCAUAGUGAAAGCCAUAGCCACAGUCACAGUCAUAGUCACAGCCAUGGGGAUGGAGAUGACGAUAACUGUCCAUUUGUUAGCAGAGCCCGCAUCUUCAGAGAUAUGCACCAAACCAAAUCAUAUUCAAACAAACCUAAUGUACCGGAAUCAUCACGGCGUUUGUCACACUCCUACAGCGCAUCAGACAUCCAUAGUCAACGGCGUUCGUCUAGUCUCCCCCGAAACCCCGACCCUUCGUAUCUGGGGAUGCCAUAUGGCUAUAGCCGUUCCACAUCACCGGAGCUUUCACGUCUAUCACAGAGCUACAUCCAGCGCCCCGGUUCUUCUGAUGGUUAUAGACGCCCGGGUUCUUCAGAUGGGUUUAGGCGUCCUGCCUCGUCCGAUGGCUUCAGACGUCUCGGUUCAUCCGAUGAUUUUCGACGCCCUGGUUCUUCAGAUGGAUCCAGGCUGAACUACAGUUAUUUGCAGAGUCGACCUACAACUCCAGACGUUGGCUAUGGGGGUAACAGAGUCCCUUUGGAAGGCUCCGAGUCGGGUUCAUGGAUGCCCCACCCACCCCCACCGAGUAUAGCAUCUUCUGUUGGGACUUCCGCCAAUUCCUCUAUGCUGCUAAACCCUCUAGCACCAGCAAUAAAUUUCAGAAGAGAGAUUCCUCAGCGACCUGUAUCCCGGAACAUUUCCGAGAACGAUCUGCACAACAUAGGGCGUUUUUUCGACUCUCUCGCGAAGAGGGCGGGCGAACCAAUCGAAGAACCCGAAUCACCAAUAGAGGAACUAACUUCAGAAUCAAGAGUGGGGACAGUCGUGCCAGAUAUCCCCAAAAUAGAGAUCACUGAGCAGAAAACUGUAGAUCCAAAGACGAGCGAAUUGGAUACAAAUAUUCUUACAGUUAUCAACAAGUAUUACCUUCGAGGCCAAAACUUCUACAACUUUGUUUUCUCCCUCUUGAUCUUCUUUUUUGGGCUUGGAUGCUGCAUUGGGGUGGCUACAGGUUUUACAUACUUCUUUGGAGAUCGUGGUCUUGCGGCUGCUCUUUUUGGUCCAGGGAAGCUUUUGGAAGAUCUCAGUCCCUAUAUUGCGUUUUCGAUGUGGUUAGGACUUUUCAUAUGGAUCACCGUCUUCUCCAACCGGGCAUUCAAUCCAGAUGCCGAGAAACUCAGGAAACAAGGCCUCCUCGCCGAAAUCAUUGGAUCCCAACGGGCAACAACAUUCAAGAGAAGACUCAACCAUAGAAGGAUGAAGAUAGUUAUAUUAUUUGUUCUCAUUUCCGCUGGGAUGCGCGGUUUAUACCUUGGUGGACAGAUCGUUGUGCCUCCUUUAGUAACGGGAAUGAACAAGGGAGUUGCAGCAGGAAUGGAUUAUUUCAACACCCUGCGUACCCCCACCACAGAGGUCGUGACUGGGACAGAGACCGAGGUGGAUGCAGCGGCGCAGGAUCCCUGGGCAGAUAUGGAUUUCAUGUACUUCCAAUCUGCUGAGGAUAUGGGAGCCAAGGAGGCCAGUAGCAUGAAGGGGAGCCAAGGGUACUCUCCGAGCGCGGAUGGGGGUUACUUUGGGGAUGAGAGGGAGAUCAGUUGGGGAGAAGUACUGAAGAUGGGGCUGGCUGUGUUUGCACCGCCUAUGGGUGUGGGCGCAUUGGCCUGGAGAAGGGGGAGAAGCCAGUGA